GCUGGGAAGUAGAGUCCGCGCGGGUCGUUAGCGUGUGCGCAGGCGUCGUUCAGAGUGGGCCCUGGAGACCAGGACUUCUGCGAACAGGCUUCGGUGGGCCUGAAGUAAAAGUGGAAAACUUGGGUUCCUGAAGAGAAUUCCAUUCAUCUUAAAAAUACAAUCAAGAAGACACAUUUGAUGGACCUUCAGGUAGUUUCAAUACCAGGAGGGAUCAAGGCCUGGACAGACAUCGGACCUACUGCAGGAGAUGGGAUGUCCAUGUUUGAAGCUAGAGAUUCAUGCAAAGAAAAAUCCGUUCUUCCAGUACCAGGGUAAUUUCUGACCGUCAUGCCCAAGGAGUUGGAUUGGAAGCAUGAUGUCUAGAGAACAGUGAGAAGGUGGAGAAUUUGACCCAAAGGUCUUUACCAAAUAGAGCCCCCAGUUCUCAGGACUCUGUCUUUUUGUAAGAGAAAAAGGACAGAAGAGGAGGGAAUAAUGCCAAUGUUCCUGGCAGUCAGGUACCAGGAAUCAGUGACAUUCAGGGAUGUAGCUGUGAACUUUAGCCGGGAGGAGUGGGGACAGCUGAACCCUGCUCAGAGGGACCUGUACAAGGAUGUGAUGCUGGAGAACUAUAGAAACCUCGUGUCAUUGGGACUUCCAAUAUCUAAACCUGACGUGAUCUUCCAGUUGGAACAAGGCAAAGAGCCAUGGUUACUUGGUCUGCCAAGAGCUGAAGAAAGAGAGUUGCCAAACAAUUCUUCUUUGGACUGGAAGAGUCAUGAGACCCAGAAGUCAACUCCAAAGCAGAAAAUUACAGAAGAAGUGGAAUCGUCAGGAACAUUAACAGUAGACUCUGCACGUAGAGGAGUUCAAGUACCUGGUGGCACAUUGGACAGGAAGAAGGAAAACUCUGAAGGGGAGACGUGGGAGACAUUCCUUUCCCAUGAAAGAGAUUCUAGGCAGCUGUUAAUUAUUCCCCCCCAAAACACCAUUAAGGGGCAAGGCCAAGAAUACAAACAAUGUGGGGAAACUAUUAACUGCUCAUCUAUUACUCAACAUCAGAGAAGUCAUACUGGAGAGAGUCCCUAUGAAUGUAAUGAAUGUGGGAAAAUCUUUAGCUGGAAAUGUAAUCUAACACGACAUCUGCUAACACAUACGGGAAAAAAGCCUUAUAAAUGUAAGGAAUGUGGAAAAUCCUUCUUGAACCAUUCUUACCUUACUUCCCAUAAGCGAAUUCAUACUGGAGAGAAGCCCUAUGAAUGUGAUGAAUGUGGAAAAGCCUUUGCUAGACAUUCAUCCCUUACUCUACAUCAGAGGAUUCAUACUCAAGAGAAGUCCUUUGGAUGUGAUGAAUGUGGAAAAACCUUCUUUGACUUUCCAUCACUUACUCGACAUCAAAAAACCCACUCUGGAGAGAAACCCUAUCUGUGCAGUGUGUGUGGAAAAACUUUUUGUAGCAAGGCAUCAAUCAUCCAACAUCAGCGACGUUAUGCCAGAGAGUAACCCUGAGAAUAUGAUGUCUUAGGCAAAACCUCAGUAAGGUUUAUCACUUUGUUAAAUACUAAAUACAAGUUAGCACAAGAUUAGUGCUACCCCAAACAAAUAUUUUCAUAUGUACUUCCCCUAAGCUGAUAAUAUUGGCAGUGGUGGUUUUAAAAGGAUAAAAUUCAGUGUUGAAAAGGCACGCUCUAACACUGCUCAUGUAGCCAUGAAUUGAUGCUUCCUUUUGAAAGCAUUACAUAAUAUCUACAAAACUUUAUAUCUUUUGAUUUAGUCAUUCCAGUACCAGACCUAUACCUUAAGAAAUGUUAUAUAUGGUGGAAAAGGGGUUGAGGGGGAAGAGGAAAAGAAAGGCCUAUCUCUACAAAACUAUUCAUAGUACAUUAGGAAAUUUAGUGUAUUAACAUAUAGGACUAUUAUUGCAGUAUCAGAAGUGACAAAUAUGAAGAACACAAAGAAGUAUCAUAAGAUAUAUAAAGUAAUGCUUAGAAAAGAAAGAACCACCAAAACUAUUUAGAUCUUGGCUAAGUUGUGUAUAUAACAGUUACAAUAAAAUCCAUAAAAAAUUUAAAGGGGGGGAAUAGAAACAAGAUUAUUUUGUUAUCUUUUCAAUAUACACAUUUUAAGCAUUUUUAAACUACCUGUAUGUUUAAAGUUUCAGAUACAAUCGUAUUUAAAAAAAUCUUUAUUUGAACGUUUUUAUUGAUUCAAUUUAUACAGGUUGGAAUUUUAUUACUUUGUUGUAUCUCUUAUCCCAUGAAUGUGAGUACUCUGUCCAGCCAUUCAGAUCAUCACCCCUAUGUGCCUUACAUUCCUUUUUGACUUUGGUCCAAGUCUUUUUCAUAAAUUCUUUAUCCAAGGCCCAACCCAAAUGAUGGGGGCUUCUUCUAGGUCUCUUGACAUGUGGGCACCAAUGCAGCAGUCAGAUGUUGCACUGUUAUCCCUUGAACUUUCCAUGUGACCUCCCCACUUGUAAUUCAUAUCUUUGACAGUAUCUUAUACCUGGAUUAUAUUAUGUAAUUGAUGGUAUUGAAAUGUGGAAGUCCACUAUUUCCAUCAUGUAUGUUUUCAUCACCGCUUAUAUGGCCUUCCAUUUGAAUUCCUGAUAUUUUUACAGAAUUUGUGAGUUGGAGGAGACUUAUCCAUGUAGCCCAGUCUGUACGUGAAAGGAAUACGCUAUAAUGUACCCAGAAAGUGGUUAUCUAGCUGUUAACUUCUGCCUCUAAGGAGGCACAGCUCCCUUCGUGUUUUGACAGUCCGUUCUUCUUUCAGACACUCGCUUACACUGCUGGGCGGUUUUUCCUAAUUUUAAGCCUAAAUUUGUCCCAUUGUUUCCAUUUCUACCCAUUGUUCCUAGUUCUCUCCUUUAGGAACAGUGAAGCAGAACAAGUCCUUUCACUACACGACCGCCCUUCACAUACUUCAAGACAAUUGCAAUCUGCCCCCAACUCUCACCUUCUCCAGGCUGAACAUACCCUUUUCCUCCAACUGAUUCUCAGUAUAAAUUCAAGGCCCUUCCUCUUGGCUGUCAUUGUAAAUUCUCCAGUUUAUCAAUGUCUUUUUUUUUGGUGGGGAGGAGCUAUCAACGUCUUUCUUAAACUGUGGUGCUUAGAACCGAACACAAUAUUCCAGAUGAAGUCUGGUGACAGCAGAGUACAGCGGGACUGCAACAGUGAGGAAUAUACAGCUUGUGCCCAUGUGAUCUUCAGUUUUUUGCCCAAGACUUAAUAAUUGUUGGCACUAUUCUUUUAGGUUUCUUCUGGAGGUGCUAUUUGUGGCCAUGGGAACCAUCAGAGGUGGGUAGUUCUCAUUCAUUUUGAUAAGUCUUGGAGGUUCUCUGCUAUCUUGUGGAUAUGUGGAAGGUUACAGAGUUUCCUGUUGUUAUCAGAGUGACCAAUAGCUGUCUCAGUACCGCUGAUCACCACCACUCUUCUAGAAGGUCUUUCACUUAAUAGUUUCCAUGGUUUUACUCUCAGAGCAUCCAACUGUCUCCUCUUUAGGAUAAGCCUCAAAUUCAUUAAAAAUUUCUUUUGAUUAAACAUUUCUCUCCUAGUUCCUCUUCCUUAAAACAACAAAACAACAAACCCUUUUAACAAAUAUGCAUAAUCAAGCAAAACAAAUGACCUCUUUGGCCCACAAAAAAGUAUGUCUUUUUCUGCAUCUUGAACCCAUCACCUCUUUAUCAGGAUUUAGGUAGUAUUUCUUCAUUUGUCCUCUGCAUUCAUGGUUAAUCAUUGCAUUGAUCAGAGUUCUUAAAUCUUUCAAAGUUGUUUAUCUUUACAAUGUAGCUGUUAUUGUGUAACUUGUCCUCCUGGUUCAACUCACUUUACUCAGUUUAUACAAGUCUUUCAUGUUUCUCUGAAACUAUCUGCUUUUUUUUUUUCUUAUGGCACAAUAAUUUUCCAUUUUGUUCAAAUACCAUAAUUUGUUCAGCCACUCUCCAAUUCAUGGGCACUCCCAUAGUUCUUUGCCAUUACAAAACAAAAAUUACUAUGAAUAUUUUUAUAACAUAUGGGUCAUUGUCUUCUUUCUUUGCUUCUUUGAGUAUAGGCCUAGAAGUUUUAUUAUUGGGUCAAAGGUUACACAGUUUUGUAGCUUUUUCAAGUAGUUCAAGAUACCACGUAAUCAUCGCACCCUGUUUACAACUUUUCAUGGUGUAAUUGUCACAUGGUAUAAUUCUGUUUGUCAUGCCACUUAAAAGGUAAACAGAACAGCAGUGCAUUUGCCAGUGGCAUGUGGAUACACAUUUACCUUGUCAGGCAUUGCAAGCCUAGAGCCUAGACUUCUCAGUGCAUGUGCAUUGUCAUUCAAUUUUAAUGUAUGUUCAUGAGUAUACCAUGCAUCCUAAUCUUGCACCAAAGACAGUUUAGUAAUAAAUGAUUUUUAAAUAA